CAGAAAACGUUUCGUUAAAACGAUCAUGUGAUAUAAUGUGGAUACCAGGCUACAUGUAGCUCAGAGAAUCUAGCUUGUGUUAAUAUCUUCCUAUCUGACCCACAGCGACAAAGUUUGUACACCCCCGAUUUAAAGCAUCUCUACACGUGCAGAACAGAGCCGAUAUAAAUAGUGCGCAUCUCUGCUGCGCAUGCGCGCUAGCCUCAUGACGGGCACGCCUUUUCUCCAAUGAGAGAAACUGUGCCAGUUUGUAAGCGUUUCACUCAAAUCAAACCUAUUAGGUUAGGAACCUGUUUCCUAACUCACAAACCCAAUGCAAGGGUAUAUCCUGUGAUCCAGCUGCGCAUAUAGAGUCGGUGGGUGACGGUUGUCUCUGCGGAUGUUUGCUCGGGUUGUCAUCAUUAUGGAAAUGUAAGAGUUAUGAAGAGGAAUGAUAGAGCUGGAGCGUCGGAGGAGAGCCGUGUAUAGGGGGCAUGGAUGCAGCUAGCACUACCGAGCAUCCGAGUCAAGGAAUGAUGAAGCUAGUCACUUCACCGGAGCUGCCACUGCAUUAGCAAGACAUAUCUUAACCCGAGGAAAUCUACAGCUAUCCAGUCGUAAACAGAGGGCAGAUGCAACACGUUGCUGGUUGACUGUCAGGGUGUCAUUCAUCCGGAUAAAGAUUUAACCUAUUCAUGGGAUGACGGCGUCCUUUGUGUUCUUCUGUAUCGCCGCUGUGCUCGUACGACCUGGCCUCUCAUCCCUCCCAGCAUCUGAUCUCACACUGGCCUCCUGACAUCUGUAGGGCUCAUGCGGCGCUUUGUUUACUGUAAGGUGGUGCUUACCACCUCGCUGGUCUGGGUGCUGGUAGAUGUCUUCCUGCUGCUGUACUUCAGCGAGUGUAACAAAUGUGACAACAGGAAGGAACGCUCUCUCCUGCCCGCUCUCAGAGCUGUGAUGUCCCGAACUCAUGAGGGUCCAGGAGAGAUGGGGAAGGCUGUGGUCGUCCCGAAAGAGGACCAGGAGAAGAUGAAGGAACUCUUUAAAAUCAACCAGUUCAAUCUGAUGGCCAGCGACAUGAUAGCACUCAACAGAAGUCUGCCUGAUGUUCGAUUGGACGGGUGUAAAACAAAGGUGUACCCCGAUGACCUGCCCAACACCAGCAUUGUGAUUGUUUUCCACAACGAGGCCUGGAGCACUCUCUUGCGUACUGUGCAUAGCGUCAUCAACCGCUCGCCGAAGCACCUGCUGGUGGAGAUCUUACUGGUGGAUGAUGCCAGUGAAAGAGAUUUUCUAAAAAAGAAGCUGGAGGACUAUGUGAAGACACUGGAGGUACCGGUGCGGAUCUUGAGGAUGGAGCAGCGUUCCGGGCUGAUCCGGGCGAGGCUGAGAGGAGCGGCUGCUACCAGAGGUCAGGUUAUCACCUUCCUGGAUGCUCACUGUGAAUGCACUGUGGGCUGGUUGGAACCACUGCUCUCCCGCAUUAAAGAAGACAGGAAAGCUGUGGUCUGCCCCAUCAUUGAUGUCAUCAGUGAUGAGACUUUUGAGUACAUGGCGGGUUCGGACAUGACAUACGGAGGCUUUAACUGGAAGCUGAACUUCAGGUGGUACCCUGUUCCUCAGAGAGAGAUGGACAGACGCAAAGGAGAUCGCACCUUACCCGUCAGGACUCCCACCAUGGCUGGCGGUUUGUUUUCCAUUGACCGAACCUAUUUUGAGGAGAUUGGCACCUAUGAUCCUGGGAUGGACAUAUGGGGAGGAGAGAACUUAGAAAUAUCUUUCAGGAUCUGGCAGUGCGGCGGCUCUCUGGAGAUCGUCACAUGUUCCCACGUAGGCCAUGUGUUUCGAAAGGCAACGCCUUACAGUUUCCCUGGAGGUACUGGCCAAGUGAUCAACAAGAACAACAGACGACUGGCUGAAGUCUGGAUGGAUGAAUUCAAAGACUUCUUUUACAUCAUAUCACCAGGUGUGGUGCGAGUGGACUACGGAGACGUAUCUGCUCGCAAGGCACUGAGAGAAGCUCUGCAGUGUAAACCUUUCUCCUGGUAUCUGGAGAACAUCUACCCUGACUCACAGAUACCCCGCAGAUACUACUCACUUGGAGAGAUUAGAAACGUGGAGACCAACCAGUGUGUGGACAACAUGGGAAGGAAAGAGAAUGAGAAAGUCGGCUUCUUUAACUGCCACGGCAUGGGUGGGAACCAGGUGUUUUCCUACACAGCAGACAAAGAAAUCCGGACUGAUGACCUGUGUCUCGACGUGUCUCGUCUGAAUGGCCCCGUCAUCAUGCUGAAGUGCCACCACAUGAAAGGCAACCAGAUGUUUGAGUAUGAUGCUGAGCGCCUGACCCUGCUACAUGUGAACAGUAAUCAGUGUUUGGACAUGCCCUCGGAGGAGGAUAAAAUGGUUCCCACACUGAGAGACUGCAACGGCGGCCGCUCGCAGCAGUGGCUCCUCAGAAACAUGACCUUAAGCAUGUGAAGUGGAUGAUAUAAAAGAGCCAAGCUAAAGUCACAGGAUCUCACACGGUCAUUACUGAAGUGUGAUCUGGCCUUUAACCUGCACUUUGGAUCUUUACAUGCCUGUUGGAUACUAUCAUCUCAGAUGUGUUGAACUCUUCAUAUCGCAGAUCAUUUACCACGUACGAUGUGUUGUCCUGUCGUCGUAGCUGUGCACACUCAUGAUACAGUAUUUCACCUGGAGGGCUUCCUGAAAAAGUGCCCUCACAAUGGAGCUGGAGCAAUUUACUCUAGUUGUUUUAAUACUGACAUGAAGGAAACUAUAGAAGACACUUGUGGUGGUGGUAGUGGGGAAGUUUUUUCGCACUUUACAUCAGAUAAACAUUCGUAAUCAUGCAGAGCUUUAUCGCCUGAACCUUUAGGGUCCUCAUCAUGUCAUGUCGAUGAAAAAUUACAGUAUGUUUAUUGCUACAGAUGGCCAUGUUCCCAACUUCUUGGUUCAUCACAGUGAUUAUUGUUUUCUGAUUUUUCCUCCACAUCUGGUGAGAGUUUUCUCUCAUGCUUUAAUUGGCUAUCACUGUUUGCUGUUUUUACAGCGUUUUCUAUCUUCUCACUCUACUUGAUUUUUCACUUUUAACCCUUGGGAUAUGUAGGAUCACUCUUAGACUGGGCAGAAUGAUCUGCUGUAGAUGCAAAAAAAGUCAAUUACAAAGUAGUUUGUAAAGAGCAUUGUACAGAUCUCCAGACUUUAGAGAUCUUGGCUUCUAUAAAAAAUAAAAAAUAAAAAUCCCAGAACCACCCAGAAUUUAAUAUAUUAUGUUCCAAACUGAAUCUGUAUCUCUGGUCUUCACCGGAUUCCUGUCGCAAUUCAGUUACCCAACAACUUUCAGCUGAAAUGCAGAUAUACCUCCUGCUUUGGGAACAAUUCAGCACCAGCGAUGGGCCAAUGUUACAGUUUUAUCCCCAAGGCAUUAGAUAGCAUACAAUCUGAUGGAGUUAAAGCCAUAAUCCAGUAGCGUCUGUUCCACCAGCCACUGUGGCUGCACUCAAACUGGUCUCUAUCUGGAAUUACUCCAGAGACUGAUCUUCAGGAUAGUGAAUGGAAGCUCUACUAUCUCUUAUGUCCUGCUGUCCACUGCGUUCUUUAGUACCAACACAUUUUCUUUUUUUUACAUCCCAUGACGCAUUUUCCAUAUAUGAUUGCAGAGUGAGAGGCAAAUAUGUAAUAUAAUAAUAAUAAUAAUAAUAAUAAUAAUAAUAAUAUAGAUUGGAUCAGUAAGUAAGUAUCUCUGAAGCAAGCUAGUUGUAUCAUUCUGUAGAGGAAGGAUUAAUGAAAUAUUCACUGCAAAAUUCUCAGCACUUAAGGAAGCAUUCAAAUGAGAUGCAUCUGAAGUGGUGAAAUUCUGCUAAGUGAUAUGUAAAAUGAAUAAUUAGUGACACAUUUCAUAAAAGCACAACUUGACAAAAAGUAUCCUGAAUGAAAAUACUCAAUCCUCUCACUGAUCCUUCAUUCUCCAAAUGUAGUUUUACAUUAUUUAUUUUUAUUUUUUUUUAAAGAAAUACAGCUUUGAUGGAACCAAUAUUAUUUGGGUUUGGUUAAAAUGACCUGUAUAUGCUGCAACUUGCUUAAUGUAGCAUAUGAUACUUCAAUUCUGUAACAUUGUUGUCAGGUUAGUGUUUCCAUUUGCCUGUUCAGUUUAGUAUAAGAACCCAUGUAUUGCAACUAGUAUAAUCUACAUCAUGUUACUUAUGUGGAGCAGCUGUCCUGUUGUAAAUAUUCACUAUUUUUGAGCAUUGUUGUACAUAGAAAAUCAAAUAUUUUUUUAAGAUGACAUUUGAAAGCCCUAUUUACCUCUAAGCAGUGUGUUGAUGUGCGUCAUCAUUUCUAGAUAUAUAGUAUCCUUUUAAAACAACUCAAUACAGAAAGUUUAUUGGCUAUCGCUAGUCCAAGGCUCUUUACUAUUUCAUUCAAAGAUAUUGAUAUUGUUUAUCACUGACAAAAGUUUUCAGAUAGUUUACUACAUUAAAUCUGUAAUUCAGAAUAAUUUCAAUGAUUGGAUUUGAAAUCCAGUAUGUCAGAUCCAGUGUGCGUCAUCCAUUUAAGAUCGAUUUCAUAAUGGAUUGUGUGUAGGCUAAAUCAUUGAAUGAUUAUUCUUGCACAUAAAUUCACCUGGAAACAAAGUCAUGUUGCUCCCGGUUUGUGUGAUGUUCCCGUAAAAACUUAAAUGUCAUUGGGGCUUUUAUGAGAUUAUAAGUGCAUGAAAUAAAUACAGCAUAGAUUGCUUUUCAACUUGAACAACUCUGAAAUGUGUACCUUUGUAUCUGUCUUGAGUAAUAUUCAACGUUUGUUCUUUUUUUUUUUAAGUAAGAAAUGUUGGAAUUAUAUGGAUUUACCAUUACAUACUUAAUAAAUGAAUAUCAGAGACUGUG